AAUAAGCUAACUCAUAUACACCAGGGUACAAUGGAAGGACUAACGGAUCAGCUAAAAACUUUGCGCCUUCAAAAAAACAAGCUAGAGACAAUAGGUGAUGGCUUUUUGAAACAAUUAAAAAAUGUCAAAAAGUGCUACUUAGACUACAACAAGCUGACAUCUGUACCAGAUUUGACAGGUCCUGACUCUAUGAUUACCUUACGCUUACAAAGCAAUAAGAUCAGAGAUUUGUCAAGGAUUGCGACAUCUGGGAUUGGACGAGUAUUUGAACUACGGUUGGGUAACAACAAGAUCGAUCUCCUUCCAAUAAACAUAUUUCAGAAUACUUCCGUAGUGGAAGGCCUUGAUUUGUCGUCCAACAGCUUGCAGUCAUUACCAGAUAACGUGUUUAAAAGGCUCGACCAAUUAAACACUCUGGUGCUAACCUUCAACAACAUCACUCACAUUAAUAAACACACAUUCAGUGGACUUUCCAGUUUGACCACGCUGUUUCUGAUCAAAAACAAUAUUACAUUUAUUGCCAAAGACGCUUUUGAUGGAACUCCUCGUCUGAAAUCAUUGUUUCUUCACAGCAAUGCAAUCAAGACUAUCGAAAGUACGACUUUUGACAGACUUGUACUGAAGCAGUUAACUAUCUUUGAUAAUCCUUUAAGCUCGUUGCCGGAUGGGAUUUUCGACGAAAUGACAAACCAUACCAAAGUGUCAUUAACGUGUACAAAUCUUCGUCAGUUACCUCGUGGGAAAUAUGUGUCACAAAUAGAGUGUGCUCCUUCGACAUCUCUGCACGUCAUUUUGGACAACUUCCAAAGUAGGUACGAAUUUGACUUUAUGCGCUCAGGUUUUGUGUGCCAUGACUGUGCGUCUCCAGAACAACACCAUAUGGAAAUUAGAUGUAGAGACUGCAGCCUCUGUCCAAUUGGUACCUACACGUAUCCUGAUGAAAACUGCUGCCUACAGUGUCCUGCAGGUGGUUUCUACCAGGAUGAAAUGGGACAAGUUGAUUGUAAAAGAUGCAGUAUCGGUACAUUUGUUGCUGAACAGAAAAGUCCUGGGACCAAAGCUACCGACUGCGUGUCAUGUCCAUAUGGUACGCUCUCAAACGAGACCGCUAACUAUCGUGCAUGCAGAUGCCUUCACAAGUUUUAUCGGUUGGAUCGUUUUGGCCCGUGCUCAGCAUGUCCACCAUACGGUUUUGUUUGCGAGAACGAUACAGCAAUACUUGCUCCUAACUACUUCUGGAAAUGGUCAAAUCAGUCUGAAAAAGAACUGUUCAAAGGUUUUGUCGACAAUAUUUAUUCUUUUGGACCGCAAUACAACAAGUCAUAUUCCACGUUCAAUACGUUAACCCCAAAGCCACUCAUAUGUCCCUAUGCCAGGUCGUGCAAAGGUGGAAUUGACUCAGGUUGCCUUCAAGGAUAUCAAGGGACUCUGUGUGCAACCUGCUCUAACGGCUUUUAUUUCCGAUUUAACUCUUGCUUGAAAUGUCCCCGGUUAUUUGUAACAGUAAUUUCAUCCAUCGCGGUGAUUUGUGUUUUUGUUAUUGUGUUCCUACUUGUUCUCUGGGGUGACACCAAACGCACAGAUAAUAACCGAACAGUUGCAGAUGUCAUCAUGUCAUGCGUUAAGAUUGUGCUUGGUUUUUACCAAACCAUUGUUGGCAUUUUCUCUGCAUUGGCACAAGUCCACUGGCCAUUCACUUUGAUCUCAAUGGAGAAGUUUCUAAAAGUAAUGGAAGGGAACAUUUUGCAGUUUGCUCCACUUAGCUGCAUUCAUUCCUCUCUGCGGUUGGAUCAGUUUGGAAAGUUCCUAUUGAUCAUUGUCUCGAAUGUCUCACUCGUUGUCUUGUUUUUCUCGUAUUCAUUCUUGAAAAAGUGCUACAUCAUGAAAAAGAAGGACCUUGACGAAAGCGAGAAGGCAAAUAAAGUGAAGAGUUUGAAGAAAUCUUGCUGUCGGAACAUUUUCCUCUUGUUGUUGAUGACCUACCCGAUUACGAGCAAAUCGAUUAUUCAGGUUCUUCCUCUUCCUGGUGCGUGUGUGGAAACGUGUUUCUCAGACGACAAGAGCGACUGCAUCUUCCUGCUGAGAACUGACUACUCCAUCCAGUGUUACACCCCUCGCCACAGGUUGUAUAUUCUCAUGGCCUCUAUUGCGGCAUUUUAUCCAGUGGGAUUUCCAAUUCUGGUUUUGGUUCUCACUCUCAUAUAUCGUAAUUCCGAGAAAUACGAGACCAUUUCUUUUGGACUCAAAGUGUUCUUUGAAAACUAUAAGGAGAAAUUUUGGUAUUGGGAAGUCAUAGAGAUGUAUCGCAAGCUAAUUCUAAUCGCGUUGAUUCACCUGUUUGGGUCUAACAGCCUCUUCCAAAUCAGCCUUACAGUUCUGACCGUCAGCGUCUCUGGAGUGGUCUACACCUUAUUCCGACCAAUUAAGGACAAGUUUGAAGAUCGCUUACAAACAUUUGUCCUAUGGAUAAUUUUCUUUGACGUUUGUCUUGGUGCAGUUUACACAAACUGCGAUGAGAGUCAAGGAGAGGGCAAGAACGACUCAAUCUUUGCAAAUGUCCUGUUCGUGGUCCUUAACGCCUCUGUGCUGUUGCUUGCCAUUGGUAACGGAAUUCUGCAUCUGAAGUCAAUCUCGAAGUACAUUACUUUCAACCCGAUCCGAUGUUUCAGUUUCCUUUGCCAAGGAUUAUCACGUCUUAAAAAUAGAGUGGUCUCAAGAAGAGGAACAUACGAUGAACUAUAAUACCAAGUUGCAGAAAGCAAGUAAAGAACUGACAGCGUAACAUUUGAAUGAUUUAUAUCCACUAUUGGACAGAGAUAGAAUUAAACAAACUCAAUCUGGGAGAUCUAGCCUUACUAGGUAAUCGCAAUUUCCAAUUUUAAGCCUUGUCAGAAAGGUUUUGAAUUCAGAUAGAUGGCAGUGAAAAAUUGCAGUCCGUGUCGAAAACUAUUUUCGUAAGCUGCGAAAGUCCUACGAAUGAGCCGUGUAAAUCUUCUGGUAUGAACAAGUUUCAAAGCCAAGGCACGUUCACAAUUGGCCUCUGACGCAAUUUAUUAAAAUAUUAACGCUAUAAA